GUCUUAACCUGCGUUAGACAACCUUUCCUGCUAAGCAUUUCAUAUGAUGAAUUAGUUAACAUCCUUCAGGUAAAGACAAAUCAACACACCAGCAUUGAAACAGACAUGAUAUUUCACCUCACGACAGUCUCAAAGGAAACAGCUGAUAUAAGUCAGAUUUUCAGCAUGUUUGCUCUGCAUGCUUGGUCAUCAAUAGACGUUCACGUGGCUGCUUGCAGCCUCAUUAGUGAUUGUACACAAUCCGACAUUUGUUUGUGCCAUCUGCUGGACCGAAUCAAGCAUGACAUGCUUUCAGUUCUAGCUCUCUGGCCGCAUAUGGGAACGUUACAUUAAUUUAUAAUUUGCACGUACACGACUUCUAUGCAGUGAUGCAAAUACAAUACUUAAUUAAAUAAAGACGCAAAUAAAUAUUUUUGCAAGCGUAUGAGGGAGUGCAUGGAUCCUAUCUAUUCAUUAUUCAAAUCUGUUUUGCUCUUAACCCUACCGGGAAUGUACUAAACCACACCACAUGCCAGUUGCAUAGCGUUUGUUUGCUAUUUCCCCUAAAAACGUUUGAAUUAAUGUUUAACGAAAGCUAUAGUUACCACGGUCAUUUUUUGUAAAGCUAGUCAGUGAGGUGGGACUUUUAUUUUGAAAUAUACCACCGUCGGCUGUGAGAAUAACUUUUGAGCGGUUUAUGUUAGUUAGUAGCAGUAGUUCCACAUAAGGCGCAAGAUUGCGAAUGCCGCUCGGAAAUGCUGUCUUGGAUCGGAUGAUCACUAGGGUUUGGGACACAGCCAUUAUCUGAAGUGUGGGAGGUUAAGGCGCGUGUUGUGUUGAGUUGUUGCCUAACAACCACUGCGUCUGCGGCGUCUGCACUCCCCAUCCUUUCCAUAUCCUCCUCCUCUAAACAAAGUCUUUCUUCAUUUCCAUGCCCAGAGAGCAGCAUAUUCACUCCUGUGUCGUUGAUAAGAGCUUCAUCUGAUAACGGCCUCGAUCUUGUCCAGAGCUUUUUAUUUGGGAGAAUAUGAAUGUCAACAUCAGCAACUUUAUGGACGAGAGAAAGGCGAACACAGAAGAAGCGCCUUACAUGGAAAUGAAGACAAGUUUUGGGAACAAGGAGAACAUCAAACCCUCUAACAAAAAAACGUCUCACACCAAACCGACCAAAGAAGAGACUUUUGGCCUCAGUUUACCUCUUGGAGAGGAAUAUGAAAGAAAAAAGCAGAAAUUAAAGCAAGAACUACGUCUUGAUUACCGACACUUUAUGUCUGAGAAAAAGAAUCGAAUUAUUGCUGGUCCACUUCCACAGUCCCACAUGCUGUCUCUCCCUAUAAAAGAGCGGAGAUCAGCGAAGGAAAAGUUGCAGGAUGAGAGGAACAAGGAAUAUAAUAUGUUCCUCCGAGGGCAAGAGGAAGCACAGAAAAUAGGGAAAACUUCAACUACCCCACAGGCCCUGGAGAGAGAUCGUUUUGGCUCUGCUACUCCGAAGUACCCUGCUGGUUCUCUAGAGGUACAAGCGCAAAGGGCCAGUCAGAGCCCGGAGAACACGGUGUUCUCAAAAAGGGACGUUGCCACGCUGACUGAGCCCAUUUCCGGAGUGCCUAAGACAUCGAGGCCACGGAGACACUGGGUAGAGACGCCGGAUCGCUGGGGAGGACCUCGCCAAGAUCACACCAGUUCUGAUGAGGAGAUCGAGCUACUAGAGAAGGAGAGGCACAAAAAUGUACAGGAAGACACGAGCAAAACCAAGAGAGGCAGAAAAUACGACAACAGCUCUCACAGUCUACAAGCACAGACACCAGCUCAAAGCGGAUCUGUCAGCGAGCAGAACAUGACUGAGUUUGCUACAGGACUUAUGAUUGGUGCUACUGAAGGGGAUGAGGCCUCUCAGAGGAGGAAGGAACAGUACAGACUGGAGCUGCUACAGCAAAUUGCCGAACAACAGAAGAACAAAAGGAAGGAGAAGGAGCUAGAAUUGAGAGUGGCUGCGACAGGCGCUAUUGAUCCUGAAAAAAAGGUGAAGCCAGACAGAAUCAAACAGUUUGGUGCCUUCACCCGGGAACACAAGGGCAGGAGAAAGGACGUACCCUACUUCCCAGGAAUGGCUCUAGAGGAGUUCAGGGCUGACUCUGCAAGGCGGCUUAAGGAAGAGAGACCUCCGCAGCCACCAAAGGAGACAGCACCCCCCGAGAGACCCCGUGUUGCUUUCCAGUCUCCAUCUUUAGACCACAGGACUGUCUUAAGCCGGCUAGCUAAUACGCCAGGCCUUGGUCUGGAGGCUGGAGCAGGGUUUGGGAUCAAUAACACCACCCCUGUUACUGAAGACCAUCACAGAAGCCUCUCAAGAACCCUGGGGGAGAUAGUUGCCCCAAGAAUUGCAGGUGUGCAUCCUCCGUUGGGUCCCUCCCUUGCUGACUCCUACCAAACUCCUUAUGAUAAUGCAUAUUACUAUUAUGGAGCUAGAAAUCCUCUAGACCCCAAUCUGGCUAAUUAUGGACCAACGAUGGGUCAGCAGUCAGUCAUCGCUCCAGAAGCGCAGUGGCCUUCCUCUGGAGGCUUUACGCAAGCGAUCAGCCACGCUGGAGUUGUUUCAUCAGGCCCAGCUUUGUUUCCUUCGGAGAGGCUGCAGCAGCCCAAGGAAAAUGCUGUUAGCUAUCAGGAAGCCCUUAAGCAGCAGAUUCACGAACGGCAGCAGAGACGGCAUCGCGAGAAGGUGGAAAAAGAACUGUACGAUGCUAAAAUAAAGGCUGAGAUGAAGGCCUACGAGCCCUGGGGACGAGCAGGAGGAGGAGCCCCUCUUAGGGACGAUCAUGGAAACCUCAUCAGUGAUUUGAAACAAAUGCAUAAAACAAACGUGGAAGCUUAUGAUUCCGGAGGCAGAGUAGCCCGGAUUCCAACGUCUUCAAGAACAGCCCUUGUAGAGCCUGCGGGUUUUUCCUCUCCUCUGCCGUCUGUGCAAACCCGGGGUAACCUUUUCAGUGAACUGCCCACUCCACAGCAGCUCCAUGAUCAGGAAAAGUACAAGGAUUGUUUGAAACAACAGAUCGAGGAAAAGAGAAGAAAGGAAGCAGAGGAGAGAGAGCGACACAGGCUCGAGGAAGAGAAAGAAGAGAGGCGGCUGGCCGACCAGCGAGCUCGGAUCCAAAGGGAGUACGAGGAAGAGCAGGAGAGGAAGCGUCAGAAAGAAAAAGAGCAAAUGGCCAAAAAUGAGGAGUUGGUCAGGCAAGCCGAAAAGCGCCGUAAAGAGGCUGAGAAAGUGAAGAAAGAAGCAGAGGAGAGGGAGAAUGAAGCCCUCAGGAAGGAACAGGAGAGAGAGAAACAUACACAUCUGAAGGAGGUCCACAGGGCGCCGUCACCACCUCUACCAGCCCUGCAGAAAAAACUACGUCAGCAGACACCCAGACCUCCAUCGGUAGAGAGCCACCGCUCUUCUUCAACUCUGUCUAUACGAUCCAUGUCAGCACCACAUUCUCCCCCAGUGCCUGCACGCAGGAACGAGAUCAGGGCCACAGAGGAAAAGCAUACAGUGAUCAGGGAGUUGUCGGCCUUGCGUAGGCAGCUGCGGAGCGAACAGAGACGUCUGGAGGGAGAACUGAUGCAGUCUAACAGAAGUGAUCACACCCCUCCUGCUCACAGCAGGCCAAGAGAGCGCCUCCUGGAGGAUGUUUCUGAAGUGGCGAGGCUACGCCAACAGGUCCCCAUCAGGAGGCCUGCUUCUCACACCACUGCAGCGGUCAACAUGCAGAACCUGCAGGAGUUUAACCGUCUGAAAUUCAGAGAUGGUGCAUCUCGUGAGGAGGUGCGGCAGGCGUAUCCUGACUCCCCCGGUGAUGAUCACAGUCUAGAUAUCCAGCAACAGGCUUUGUUACGACAACAACAACGAACCAUCAACAGCAUCAGGAGGGGCAGAGCUGCUGAUUACUUUGACAUUUCUUCAGGGCAGCAGCAUCAUGAGCAAAGGCUGAAUUCUGCAGAGUAUCCAGGCAGACACUUGCUGUUAGACUCAGAAAGCGCCUUUAUUAACCCCAGUGACGAUUUAUUCCUUCUACAAUCCCGGCGUGACCAAAGAGCGAGACCGGCAGUUAGGAAGGCAGACAUGUCUGAAGAUGUGGUAAACGGGUACGCCCGACCUGACAGCAGUCCUGACAGCCAGUCUCUGCACUCGAUUACCAGCACAGAAAUAGAGCGGCUGAGAGAGCGCACAAAGAACAAGAUGACAUCUCUGAACAACAUGAGAGAACAUGAUUGGAGAUCAGGGGACGUGUCAGCAGAGGAGAGGGAGGAGCUAUGGCCACAGACUCCUCCUUCAACCGAUCGGCGCGUAUCCAUCGACACCACCGCAACAGAUCCCUGGUUACGUCCUGGUUCCUCUGAAACGCUGAAGAGAUUCUUGGGCGGUCGCAGGCCAUCAAGCAGAAACCACGCAGGCCAGGAAUGGGAAGGACCGUCCACUUACCACGGUUAAAUGUGAAUGGAAAAAUUGCACUUAGAAAGUUCCUGUAGCAUUAAGCCUGAUGAUUAAGAGCAAUUUUUUGAGCAACAUUGCUUGGGCACUUUCCCAUUGAGAAUGGAUAACAAAUUAACAUCUGGAUAUUUUAGAUCAGUUUGGGCUCCGUCUCACCUGGUUGCCCAUGACGACAACAUUUCCCAGAGUUGCCCCACAAAUCAUCAGCCUAUUCCCUCCAGUCAGAGAGAGAGAGAGAGAGAGUGAGUUCUGGGAAAUUCACUUUGAUGUUUUGUAUUGUUGCUGCGUAUGAUUGUGUAAACUGCAUGAGUUCUGUUUUCCGGUGAGAGGGAUGCUGUCAUGUUUUUCAUUUUCGUUUUACAAGAAGUACUGUAAGUAGAAAUACGAGAUUAUGCAAGCAUAACCUUACAGUCAGAAAAAGUAAGCUAAUGUAAUUAGCAUGAAAUGUGUAUCAGCUCUUUAAUAAAUAUUUUGUGAACUUUUAAA